GACCGCAGAGCCCUUGCCAAGCGGCCGCGCUCCGGUGCGGGGCCGCCGCUCCCCGCGCCCGGCACGGCGGCGGAGCCUUUCCCCUACUGGGAACCGGCAAGGCUGCUACCACAGGAGCCCCGGCGGUCCUAGGACGGGCAGAGGGAGAGGAGCAGACCCAUGAAGCUCCUCCGAAGCGGGGGGCACGGCACGGAGCAGAGCUGCCCCGGCUGAGCCGCCGCCGAGCUCGGGACCGCGGCGGGGGGAGCCUCGCCGGGGCCGGGCAGCGCUGCAGCGCCCCUGGGACGUGGAGGCUGCAGGAUGAUGCAGUGCGGAGCCUGCGGCCGGGCGGUGCUGGCACUGAUGUCCCUCUCCCUCGGCUUGGCUGCUGAUGAGCUGCUGUGUGCCUGCGACGUGCCACACUGCAGCCUGACCAGCUGCACCGGCAAGGUCUGCUUCAUCAGCAAGAGGAAGGAGGAGGGAGCCAUCGUCCAGCACAGGGGCUGCUUGUCCCAGAACAUCCUGGAGCACUGCCACACGGCCGUGACGGAGCAGUACGGCAUGAGGUGCUGCGACUCCAGCAUGUGCAACGCCGAGCUGGAGAUCUUCCUGCUAGGAGAAGAGGCCCUGGGACAGACACCUUCCUUACCCAACCUCCUCCUGAUGAUCUUCGUCCCACUGCUCACCCUCCUCAUCCUCGUGGUGCUCACAGCACUCUUCUGCUGGAAGGUGGCUCAGCACCGCCACAAGAAAAGCGACCUGGGGGACAUGGACCUCAUGCUGAAGGCUUCCAUGGUGGGAGACAGCACUCUGGAGGACCUGCUGAGCGAUGACUGCACCACGGGCAGCGGCUCAGGGCUGCCCUUCCUCGUCCAGCGCACGGUGGCUCGGCAAAUCACCCUCGCGGAGUGCGUGGGCAAAGGUCGCUAUGGUGAGGUGUGGCGCGGAGUGUGGCACGGCGAGAGCGUGGCCGUGAAGAUCUUCUCCUCCCGGGAUGAGCAGUCCUGGUUCCGGGAGACAGAGAUCUACAACACUGUCCUGCUCCGGCACGACAACAUCCUGGGCUUCAUCGCCUCUGACAUGACCUCGAGGAACUCCAGCACCCAGCUCUGGCUCAUCACUCACUACCACGAGAAUGGUUCCCUCUAUGACUACCUGCAGAGGACAGCCCUGGACGUGGAGACCUGCUUGGUGUUGGCCUCCUCCAUCAUCUGUGGCCUUGUCCACCUCCACGUGGAGAUCUUUGGCACCCAGGGCAAGCCUGCCAUCGCCCACCGGGACCUGAAGAGCAGAAACAUCCUGGUGAAAAACAACCGGCAGUGCUGCAUCGCAGACCUGGGGCUGGCCGUGAUGCACUCCCAGGGCAGCGACUACCUGGACAUUGGCAACAACCCUCGGGUGGGCACCAAGCGCUACAUGGCCCCCGAGGUGCUGAGCGAGCAGAUCCGCACCGACUGCUUCGAGUCCUACAAGCAGACAGACGUCUGGGCCUACGGAUUGGUGCUGUGGGAGAUCACCAGGCGCACUGUGGUCAACGGCAUCGUGGAGGAGUACCGACCACCCUUCUUCGACGCCGUCCCCAGCGACCCCAGCUUCGAGGACAUGAAGAAGGUGGUUUGCAUCGACCAGCAGACCCCCGUCAUCCCCAACCGCCUCUUCUCCGACUCGGUUUUGUCGGCGCUGGCAAAGAUCAUGAAGGAGUGCUGGUACCAGAGCCCCUCUGCCCGCCUCACCGCCCUGCGGAUCAAAAAGACACUGAAGAAGCUGAACAGUUCCCUGGAGAAGCCCAAACUGCAGCAGUGAGCCGCGGGCCCCGCACUGGAGCAGCGAGCCGCGGGCACACACCAGAGCCGCUCACGGGCUGCAGCAGGGGUGGCAGCGAAGCCACUGCCAGGAUGGCUCCCAGGCACGGAGGGAGUUUUGCUCACAGCCUCCACCCUUCCCAGCCCUCCUUGGUGCCUUUUUAAUUUGCAAGGAGGGGUAAAAAUAGAGGGGGGAGGAAAAGGCCAAGAGGAAUCUUCCAGCCCAGUUAUAAAGAUACCUCCCAGGAUCCAUCACCCCUCGUGGGCACAGCACGCCUGCCCAGCAGGGAUGGCAGCAGGUGCCAGGGGCUGGCAGCCCACCCUGAGCCCCCAGGCAGACACCGCAGCCAAAGGGUGAGCAGGCACUGGAGCCCCCAGCACCAUGCCCUGCUGCAGCCCCGAGCCCAGCUGGGCACCCACCCCAGCGCUGGCACCCAGCGCGGCACACAGGCAGCGGGCGCUGCCCCGACCUGCCUGCCUGGCGCGUUGGCAGCGGGGAGGCCGCGGGCUCAGGGGCCCCACCAGGAAUUCCCCGGCAGGGCUGCGGUGCCCAGCAUGCCUCUCACCAAAGGAGGCCUGGAUUUGAGUGGGAAAGGAUGGUCCAGGGGCAGAAUUCCCUGGCCCAGGAUGGAUCCUGGCACGUCUCAGCGCUCCCCUGGACAAAGCCACCGGCACCGAGCAGGGACCAACCAUCCCUGGUGCCACAGCGACCUGCCCAGAUGGGGGCUGCCACAGCUGUGGUGGCCCUGAUCCCUCCCUGAUGUCCCUUCUCAGAGCCCUUUUGGUCUCUGCCAACAUUUUGCUCUCUUCCAGUGCCUUUUGGAGCUUUUCCAGUGCCUUUUGGUCUUUUUCCAGUGGCACCCCUCGCUGCCACCCCCCAUGCCACCCCACACACUUGGGGCCGUUUGGACAGGACCAGGACGUUCAGCACAAGCAGCUUUGCUCCAUAAUUAUUUAAUUAUUAAG